CGGGCGAGUAAUUACAAACGUUCAUGCAAUGCACCAGAAAUUCCACCAAACUACCAAAAUAGUGUCUAUAAAAAUUCAGAUCAGAAAAAAAAAAAGUAAAAUGGCAGUGGUCUCAUCAAGCUCAUCAGUAUCACUGUUAGUGUUGUCCCUGAUGCUCUUCUGCUCCAUGGCGGCGGCAUUGGGCGCGCCGGGCGGGUGGGUGCCGGUGGACCCAGAGAGCCCGGAGGUGGUGGCGGCCGGAAAUUUCGCGGUGGAUGCGCACAACAAAGCAGAAAAUGACAAUUUGGGGUUCGAAGACGUGGCGAGCGGGGAGGAGCAAGUGGUGGCGGGCUUCCAAUACAAACUCGUCAUUGACGCGAGGAGCGGACAUGGCGUUUAUCAGUACGAGGCUGUCGUCUGGGCUAAGCCUUCGCCCGAUUCAUAUUCACUUAUUUCUUUCAAGCAAUUAGGGAACGGAGUAUAACUUAUGGAGUACAAUCAUACGUAAUUGUAUAAUGCAUGCAUGCAUGUAAUGUACGCAUUUCUUCCAUCCACAAAUAAAUUCUUUCGAUUGGA